CCACAUCAUUUGAUGUCACUGCCGCACCUGCGCAGCCAUCUUGUACUUCUGGCGAGGAGCGGACACAGAAAGAAAUCAAAAGGAUCAAAUAAACCUGUCAAAUCAGAAGAAAAUAGGAAUGUCUUUAAACGUUAUAUAGCCUCAUAGCGAUUAGACACCCAAGAAGGACAAGGUUAAAAAAAGACGGUGAAAUAGACAUUCAAGUGCUUCGGAUAUCCAGACCUACAAGUCAUAUUUUGCUUGUGAGUGAGUGAGAGGAGGAAGGAACAGUCAAAUCGCCGAAAGAAAAACACAUCCCGAACAUCAGUCAAAUCAUGAAUCCAGAAUAUGACUACCUGUUCAAGCUCCUCCUUAUUGGUGACUCCGGUGUGGGAAAGUCCUGUCUUCUGCUCCGCUUUGCUGAUGACACCUACACGGAGAGCUACAUCAGCACCAUCGGUGUAGACUUCAAGAUCCGCACCAUCGAGCUGGACGGCAAGACCAUCAAACUACAGAUUUGGGACACUGCUGGUCAGGAGAGGUUCCGCACCAUCACCUCCAGCUACUACAGGGGUGCCCACGGCAUCAUCGUGGUCUAUGAUGUCACAGAUCAGGAGUCCUACAACAACGUGAAGCAGUGGCUGCAGGAGAUCGAUCGCUACGCCAGCGAGAACGUCAACAAGCUGCUGGUGGGGAACAAGUGUGACCUCACCACCAAGAAAGUAGUGGACUACACAACAGCCAAGGAAUUUGCUGACUCCCUGGCCAUCCCCUUCCUGGAAACGAGUGCCAAGAACGCCACCAAUGUGGAGCAGGCCUUCAUGACCAUGGCUGCUGAGAUCAAGAAGAGGAUGGGCCCCGGGGCCACAGCUGGAGGGGACAAGCCCAACCUGAAGAUAGACAGCACCCCUGUCAGGCAGUCUGGAGGGGGGUGCUGUUAAACUGGACUCUGUUCUGGAUGCUCUCCUCUUCUUCACUCUCCCUGCUCUGGGCUUCACUUCCUCCACCUCUUAAUCCCUCAGCCUCCCUCCCAUCUCCCGUUCUCUUACUCUUGCUUUCGGGAUGGGUGGUUGGAUAGGGAGUUGAGGAGUGAGAACUGGGGACUGACUUUAAGACCGUAUCUCCCCACAGAAAAGUAAAGAGAAAAGUUAGGUGGGGGUUAGGUUGAGAACUUUUUUUUCUUUUUUUCCAAGCGAUGAGUCAGGAACGUAAACAGAUAUGAGAAAAGAUUGGUAUUGACUUAGAGGAGAACUGGGUGAUAGAAGAUUAGGUUUUAGAUUCCGGCGAGCGCUUAUCUCUCUCCCUCUCCUGUGUACACACGCACACACACACACACGCGCACAGACAGACAGACAGACAGAACAGGGGCGGAGUGAUUCUCCCAUAGGAAGUAGUCACAGGUGAGGUUCUCUUUCCUUUAGGCUAUGUCUGUCAUUGCUAUCCAAUGGAAGUCUUAUAGCAAAUUCAGUUUAGAGUGCUACAGUAAUCUGUCAUUUAUGUAUUGGACCUGUUUUAUCUCAGACUGCUGGGGUGCCUUGUAGUCAUGGCGAUGUGUCACCGGCUUAAGUCUGUUUAUAGGUAUCAAGUGAGUGACGUUUUCAAUCUAGCCUACGGCCUACGUUCCACAUGCAAUAGUAACACUAAUGCACUAUUUAUACCCAUGUAUCCAUCCAUCCAUCCAUCCAUUUUAUGAACUGAAUUGGCGUUGGGGCAGACUGCACCACUACCAGCGUCCUAACAACUGAGUCAUCCAUCAUAUUAAUCGAUGAGGAUACGAGUAUCUAGGAUACGGGUAUCUUAGAAAUAGAAUGAAUAGACCGGACUCUGAAGGAAGGCAUCAGCAGAGAGGGGAGAGACAUGCACUUUGUCUGUGUGGAGAAGGAUCGCUCUGACUCCCCGUAGAGCCUGAGCUUUAGGUUGAUUCGACACAGAACAGGAGAACUUUUGGUUGAACUUGGAAUCACUCCUUCCCUUCAUCCCUCUACAUGCAGACGGGAGGAUGUAGUGAGAGAGACUUGGUUUUUGAGUGCUUUAAUAUACUGUAUGGUGUUAGUUAGCUCACAUCACUCCUCUUGUUAGGAUUUCACAUGUAAAAAAAGACCAAGCAUAAAUAUUUGAGAUCUGCUUAAGUCAUGUUUGUAUGUCUUUUAAGUUGCCAGGACUCUCUAUAUUACAGUAUGCCCAAGGUGGUUCUUCAACAUAAACAGACAGUGUACACACACACACACACACACACACACAGAACGGGGCAUGACGUAGUACUAGAUUAGUGGUAAGAGUAUGUCGGGGCUUGGGCAAGCGAUAUUCAACUAAUUAACAGGACAUAUGAAACAUGAAAUUGGCAAUAUUCUCUCUUCAUAUUCAUAGAUUAUUGUUCAUAUUAUUUUAUUGUUAUUACAAUGAUUUUAUUAUUUGAUAUUUGUAUUUUCUGUAGUUUUUUUCUAAUCGAAAAAGCUUGUAAAAAUUGCUUGAAAUGUUGUUUGGUCGGGGGAGUUGGGAAGUUGUCUCUGAAAGCUACUGUUCCCUCCUGUGCCUCACUGGACUCCGAAAGAUACGGACCGCGUACAUAACCUCUGUAGCAUGUCACACCACAGGUUCUUUACGCCUUGGCCAUGGCCCACUUCUCAGACCGUGUUGCCAUCCACCAUUUGUCAUCACGUGUCCCACAGUGCAUUUCUUUUAUGGUUGUCAUGGUUUCAUGUCAGUGUGGUCAUUAGGAAGCGUAGCCAACUCAUUACCCUUCUCUCUAGAUCAGUGCGUGAAUGGUGUUCUUCAAUCUUCAUCAUUGUCAACUGCUAGCUAGUUCCAGUAGCCUCUAUACAGCUUAAGACAUGGAGUGUGUUUGGCUGAUCAGAAUGUGUGUUAAUGGGCCUGGCUGUCCUGACUGAGUCCCCCUUCUACAGGAACCUGCCCUGCGUCGUUCCCUUCCCAGUCUGUUCUCAUGGCUGUGUGUGAUUUCUCAGGCAUUCCUAUGGAACUAUGGAACCUAGCAGGAAAGUGAAGAAAACCCUCCAACCCCUGACCUUAACCAACCCCUGACCUUAACCAACCACUGACCUUAACCAACCACUGACCUGAACCAACCCCUGACCUUAACCAACCACUGACCUUAACCAACCACUGACCUUAACCAACCACUGACCUUAACCAACCACUGACCUUAACCAACCACUGACCUUAACCAACCCCUGACCUUAACCAACCACUGACCUUAACCAACCACUGACCUUAACCAACCACUGACCUUAACCAACCACUGACCUUAACCAACCACUGACCUUAACCAACCACUGACCUUAACCAACCACUGACCUUAACCAACCACUGACCUUAACCAACCACUGACCUUAACCAACCACUGACCUUAACCAACCCCUGACCUUAACCUACCACUGACCUUAACCUACCCCUGACCUUAACCUACCCCUGACCCUAACCUACCCCUGACCCUAACCUACCCCUGACCCUAACCAACCCCUGACCUUAACCAGCGCUAGUUUUGAAUUAAUGUAAUGCACUACAGUACGGUUAAUACUACUAAUGUGGCCUCUAAGCUUUUUAAGUUCUUGACAACAAAGAAUAUAGGCCUUUGUCGGUUAUUACAACCUAAUUUUUCAAUCAAUUUUUCUGUAGAAGUAGUCAUGGUUUACAACGGGACUGGGAGGAAAAUGGUUGAAAUUGCAGUGACGUACUGUUAGCCAGGACUGGACCCACAGACCCGUUACAGCACUAUAGUGAGCCUGUUGUGGAAUGGACACCUCCAUCUGGUCCUCUUGGUUAGCCCUUGGUGUUGCCAGUCUGACAUGGUGCAGUAGGCAGUGUGUGACCGUUCUAACCUUCGACCUGUAUGUCUUUAUGACUAUGAGAAGAGCAGACUGGAAGGGUCGUACUCUGAACGACAACUAUAUAAGCAUGUUGCACGGUCAUGUUAUAUGGUCAUUGAGCCUUCUUCAGUUUGGCGUUGGGCAUUCCAUUGGGUUUGAGCAUGUUAUGUCAUCAUGGUCACGUUACGGUCUUCGAAUAAGUCCUAGAUUCUGGUUCAUUGGGUCGGAGUGAGUUUGACUGUGCUUGAACGUUCUGGGGUAGCAGGGACUGACUGGUUUUGGCAUGCAGACCGGAUAUGAACUCCCAUCAGCCUCUUUAAGCCAAUCAAUAUAUUACAACAAUGUUCUCCGAAUGGCUCCUACUACUCAUCGAUAAAACGGAAACUGGCUUGGACUUUCCCGGUCGGCCUUCGACAGGUAGUUGAAGUUAAGGUGGCACAGCCUCGGCCUCCCACAGCCUCGGCCUCCCGGCUCAGAGCUCCAUGUAGUAACGUGAAGUUGCAGCCUCAAACUGAUGUCCAAUGUGUACUGACGAGUUAGUGAGCGCUUACUCUCUGCAGAACACGGCUACCAACCAGUCUAUGGCAUUAAUGUCUAGAAGAGCGACGUGAGGGCUGAGAGCAGGUUUAACAGAAAGUAUCUGUUUGUAGAUGUGAUUCUUUAGGGUAGUAGAUACAGCAGUCGUCUUAGCACUAACGUUAAGGUGUUGUCUUUUUGGUAGAGCCUUUUACAGAUGUGGUUUGGCCAAGCCUGCGACGCGAUGCAAGACUCAACCAGACUGGAUUGUGUGCCAGCUCUCAUUUCAUGCUCAUUCAGUUUGGUAUGAUGAAUUUGAGGAUCUGGUAGGCCUAAGUAAUCGCUGGUAGGAAGGGAGGGAACAGUAGUGUGUGAGGUCAGGGUCGGGGACGGUCUGUGUGCGUGACAUUCCUGCUCCCUGAGCACAGGUAGGCUUUUCUCUCAAAUCUCACAAGUCCUUCUGUGAAUGAAACUAUUUUUUGCAACUCUCCACACAGACACACGCACACUCGGUCACACAGACACACGCACACUCGGUCACACAGACACACGCACACUCGGUCACACAGACACACGCACACUCGGUCACACAGACACACGCACACUCGGUCACACAGACACACGCACACUCGGUCACACAGACACACGCACACUCGGUCACACAGACACACGCACACUCGGUCACACAGACACACGCACACUCGGUCACACAGACACACGCACACUCGGUCACACAGACUCGCUAAAUUGGACGUUUCAUGCUAUAACAGUCCUUUUUUAUUUGUUCUGAAUGUGCUUUUCCUACCAAGAAUUCUUGAUAUUCUACUGAUUUUAAUAUAUUAAUUGAAAAUAUACUGUGGUAAUAUUGUGUCCGGUCCAUCAACGGAUAUGAGGGUGGGACAACACGUGGGGGUGGAGUUAGCGGCUGGCUUUGUUUGGGCUCGCACUCAUGAAUGUGAUUAUGAUGGAACUGCUCAAAUCUUUUUAUUUUAUUUUUCUGUGAAAUUUGCACACUUCUUUGUGGCUCUCCCGUGGCUUAACAAUGGAACACGUGUUCUUUAAUAGCGAGCGUCAUGCAGGUCCCAUCCUGAUCCUCACUUUUUUUCAGUUUUUCGCUUGUCCACUUUGGUGCUCUCUGUCUCACUGCUGAGUUUGAUCAUGAUGGGUUUUUUUUAUGUACAUAUUAUAAAUAUAUAUAUAUAAUAAAAUGAAUACAAAAGAUCAAUGUCAA